AUGUCAACUUCAUCUAAAGAAGCAGGAAAAAUUAGAGCAUUCAAACUUCUUGAGAUGCUGACGAAAAUAAUAAAGACGGGAAAUGCAAGAAAAAGCGGAGAGGUUGAUAGAUCCCUGCGACUAGAAGAAGGUCAAGAAAAAAGCGCAGGUGAACUUGUCAAGUUGCAUUUGGAGAAGCUGUCAACUGCGGAAAUCGACUUUUCUCAGGCUCGCGAGAAGGUAAGACUUGCGUGCUUUCAUCUGGGUCAAGCAUAUGCUCAAUGGAUUUUCGAGCUUCUGAAGACUCUUGAUGUUGCGGUGACGUCAAAGACAUUUCAUCGUGAGGCAUAUCCCAUUGUCCAAGCGCAGUUACUCAAGCUUCGCAAGCAGUCUAAUGAGUCGUCCAUACUUAAGCGACUCGAAAGGGCGAGAAUUUUUUUUUUAUAUGGGAUCCCUCAUUGGAGUGGAAACAUUAACUCAAUGCGAGAACUUGACCGUCAAAAGAAUGGACAAAAUAUCUAUGGAGUCGCUUUCCCUAUUGGAGAAGCAUUGCAAAGAUGA